GUUCUGAUAAAAACAAGAGCUAGCUAACAUCUGCAACAAUGGUGGUCGCCACAGACAAAUCCAAUGGCAGAAGUAUUCCCGCAACCAACAUCUCCCCAAAUACGAUCAUCGAACUUGAGAAAGGUGAUCCAGUGGUGUUCGAAAAGUACUGGAGAAAGAGGGGAGAGGAAUGCAGCAUAGUGAUAAGAGGAUGGGAGAUGAUGAGUUACCAUGGUGAUGCGAAGAACAACGUGUGCUGGUACAUGUUGCCGGAAGUUGAGAGAAGCAUCAGAAGGUUGCAUCACGUGGUGGGAAAUGCUGUCACCCAUGACAGAUACAUUGUGGUGGGGACAGGAGCAACGCAACUCUUCCAAGCUGCUGUCUUUGCUCUCUCUCCUUCACACCCUUCUAAACCCAUCAAUGUUCUUGCUGCUGCGCCAUUCUACUCGGAGUACCAAGACGAGAUUAGUAUUUUGCGUUCAGGGUUGUACCAGUGGGGUGGCGAUGCUGCUUCGUAUAAGAAAAACGAGCCUUACAUAGAGGUGAUAACCUCUCCAAAUAAUCCUGAUGGGAUUAUUCGAGGACCUGUGGUGAAAUCUGAGGCUAAAGGGAAACUCAUUCAUGAUCUUGCAUAUUACUGGCCACAUUACACUCCCAUCACUCACCAAGCUGACCAUGAUCUCAUGCUCUUCACAUUCUCCAAAUGCACUGGUCAUGCUGGUUCACGUUUCGGGUGGGCACUGGUUAAGGACAUUGAGGUAGCUAAGAAGAUGACGAGGUAUGUGCAGCUGAGCUCCAUUGGAGUGUCAAAAGAAACUCAAACUCGAGUGGUUAAAAUAAUUGGAGUGGUUUGUGAUGGAUACCAAAACUUCGGGUCGAUGGAGUCUGAGCUGUUUUUUGAAUACAGCAAACACCUCUUGAGAGAGAGGUGGGAAAAACUGUGGGCAGUUAUUGAUGAAUCCAAGGUUUUCUCAGUGGCGAAGUACCCAAAGGCCUUUUGCAACUUCACCAAUGAGUCAUCUGAACCAUCUCCUGGUUUCAUAUGGUUGAAGUGUGAGGAGGGCGUAGAAGAUUGUGAGAGUUAUCUGCUGGAAAAACUGAAGGUUCGUGCAAGAGCAGGGAAACGGUUUGGUGUUGAUUCAAAGUAUGCUAGAAUCAGCAUGAUAGGAACAGAUGAUGAUUUCAAUGAAUUCCUGAGAAGGGUGUCAAAUGCCAAGAAGGAAUGAGAAAAAGGUGUCAAUUUCUGAAUGAACAGAACAGAUGAUUGGAACACUGUCAUGUAGCAGUAGCUAGUUCAAGCACCGCCUUUCCACAAUUUAGAAUAAUGUCUUUUUCUGGUGUAGAAUGUGUGAUAAAGGAUGAGUGCCGUAGGAUAUGAAUAAACCCACUCAUAUCAGCAUUUAUUAAACUUUUAAACUUUACCAGAGUUUAUUUAUAUAAAUAAAAGUA